GCAGGGAGUGGGGAUGGACAGGGACAGAUACUCCAGCGUUUCCCGGAGAAGGACUGGGAGGACAACCCCUUUCCCCAAGGCAUCGAGCUGUUCUGCCAGCCCAGCGGCUGGCAGCUCUUCACUGAGAGGAACCCCCCCACCUUCUUUGUGGCUGUGCUGACCGACAUCAACUCGGAGCGGCAUUACUGCGCCUGCUUCACCUUCUGGGAGGCCGUCGAGAGUGCACAGCCUCAGAGCCACCCCAGGAAUGGUGAGGGGGAGGAGGAGGAAGAGGAGCCAUCAUCUCCCGUUCAACCCGCGCAGCUCUUUGCUCCCAAAAGCUUGGUGCUGGUGUCGCGGCUGGACCACGCGGAGGUGUUCAGGAACAGCCUGGGUUUGAUCUAUACCAUCUAUGUGGACGGACUGAGUGUGUCCCUGGAGAACGUCAUUGGGAACCUUCUGACAUGUACCAUCCCCAUCACCGGGGGAGCUCAGAGGACGAUCUCUCUGGGAGCAGGGGACAGGCAGGUGAUCCAGACACCCAUCAAUGACUCGCUUCCCGUCAGCAGCUGCAGCGUGGCCCUGCUCUUCCGCCAGCUUGGCAUCACCAAUGUGCUGUCUCUCUUCUGUGCAGCGCUUACUGAACACAAGAUCCUGUUUCUCUCCAGCAGUUACCAGAGGCUGACCGACGCCUGCCGGGCUCUCCUUGCACUUAUGUUCCCCCUCAAGUACAGUUUCACGUAUGUGCCCAUCUUGCCUGCACAGCUCCUUGAGGUACUGAGCACGCCAACACCCUUCAUUAUCGGAGUCCACUCCAUCUUCCAGUCGGAGACGCAGGAGCUGCUGGAUGUUGUUAUCGCAGACCUGGAUGGCGGGACAGUGAAUGUCCCCGAGUGUGUACAUAUCUCCCUGCUCCCUGAACCUCUGCUCCAGCAGACCCGGGAAGCCCUCUCCAUGGUCUUGGACCCAGAGCUGGAGGUGGCAGAUCUUGCAUUCCCCCCUUCAACGAUUUCUGCCUCUUCUCUCAAAAUGCAGGAUAAGGAGAUCCGUGCCGUCUUCCUCCGCUUGUUUGCACAGCUGCUUCAGGGCUAUCGCUGGUGUCUGCACAUCAUCCGCAUCCAUCCCGAGCCGGUCAUCCGAUUCCAUAAGGCAGCCUUCCUUGGGCAGAGGGGGCUGACGGAGGAUGACUUCCUCACCAAGGUGCUGGAGGGCAUGGCAUUCGCUGGCUUCGUGACCGAGCGGGGGGCCCCAUACCGCUCGAUCGACCUGUUUGAUGAGCUCGUGGCUUAUGAAGUGAAGCGCAUGCGCACAGAAGAGGGGAACAAGCAGAAAAUACUGCGGCACAUCAAAGAGCUGGCGGAGAAACUUUACAAAAACGAGAACCCUUACCCUGCGGUGACCAUGCACAAGGUGCAGAAGCCCACGGAAGGCUGUCACCUGCGCCUCCACCAGAAGCAUUUUCCCCAUUUGGAUGAGGGGACAGUGCAGUGGAUCAUCGACCAGGCCACUGCCAAGCUGCAGACAGCUCCUCCUGCUGUGAAGGCAGAGAAGAAAUGCAUGGUGCCAUCGGGACCCCCCAUUGCUGCCAUCAUGGAGCGCAACGGCAAUGCCCUGGCCAACAGUGCCCGUCGCCUGGAGGUGGUCAGGAACUGCAUCUCCUACGUCUUUGAGAACAAGAUGUUAGAAGCCAAAAAGUUAUUCCCUGCUGUGCUGCGCGCCAUGAAGGGCCGAGCAGCCAGGCACUGCCUGACCCAGGAGCUGAACCUGCAUGUGCAGCAGAACCGGGCAGUGCUGGAUCACCAGCAGUUUGAUUUCAUAAUCCGCAUGAUGAACUGCUGUUUGCAGGACUGCACUGCCAUGGACGAGCACGGGAUUGCGGCCGCUCUCUUGCCACUGGUCACCGCUUUCUGCCGAAAACUGAGCCCGGGCAUCACGCAGUUUGCCUACAGCUGUGUGCAGGAGCAUGUGGUGUGGACCAACAUCCAGUUCUGGGAGGCCAUGUUCUACUGCGAUGUGCAGAACCACAUCCGAGCCCUGUACCUGGACAACAACGAGGAGAACCACACGGAUGAGGAGAGCGCAGAGGGGCCACAGGAAGCCAAGUCUGCCCUGGAGAUAGCAUCGGAGCAGCUAAGGCUCUGGCCCACCAUGAGCCGAGAGAAACAGCAGGAGCUGAUCCAGAAGGAGGAGAGCACUGUUUUCAGCCAGGCCAUCCACUACGCCAACCGCAUGAGCUACCUGCUGCUGCCUCUUGACACCAGCAAGAACCGCCUGCUACGUAGCUCUGGGCUGGGGGACGUGGAGAGUGUCAGCAACAGCUUUGUCACCAACAGCAUCGCUGGCAGCGUGGCUGAGAGCUAUGACACAGAAAGUGGAUUUGAGGAUGCAGAGAGUUCCGACGUGGCCAACUAUGUGGUGCGAUUCAUCAACCGCUUUGUGGACAAAGUCUGCACGGAGAGUGGAGUCACCAACGAGCACCUCAAGGGGCUGCACGUCAUGAUCCCUGAUAUUGUGCAGAUGCACAUAGAGACACUGGAUGCCGUGCACAGGGAGAGCAAGAGGCUUCCUCCCAUCCAGAAGCCAAAGCUGCUGCGCCCCAACCUGUUGGUGGGUGAGGAGUGUGUGAUGGAGGGGCUCCGUGUGUACCUCAUGCCUGAUGGACGGGAAGAAGCUGCUGGAGGGAAUAUUGGUGGUCCACCUCUCCUCCCUGCGGAAGGAGCCAUCUUCCUCACCACUUACCGCAUCAUCUUCAAAGGCACUCCCACGGACCCUCUGGUGGGGGAGCAGGUGGUGAUCCGAUCCUUCCCCAUCGCCUCACUGACCAAAGAGAAGAAGAUCAGUAUCCAGGCCCAGGUGGAUCAGUUCAUCCAGGAGGGCUUGCAGCUGCGCUCGUGCACAUUCCAGUUGCUGAAGAUUGCCUUCGAUGAGGAGGUGGCUUCAGACAGCGCUGAGGUCUUCAGGAAGCACCUGCACAAGCUGCGUUACCCUCAGCACGUGCGUGGCACCUUCGCCUUCACCGUGGGCCAGUCACCCAAGCAAGCCAUGCAGCCCAAGGCCAAGGAGAAGAACCCCUCGCUCAGGACACUCUCCAAAAACCUGGUGAAAAAUGCCAAGAAAACAAUCGGCCGCCAGUAUGUGACGCGGAAGAAAUACACGCCGCCCAUGUGGGAGCAGCGGAGCAGCCAGCACUUCCCAGAGGACAACGAGGAUGAGAUCUCAGUGUCUGAAGAGAUGGACAGAAGCACUUUGACCCCCACCACCACCAUCAAACCUUCGGACAAGAUGACCAUCAACCACCUGGUGGAGCGAGCCUGCUGCCGCGACUACCAGCGGAUGGGGCUGGGCACCCUCAGCAGCAGCCUCACCCGCUCCAAGAACGAGCCCUUCCGCAUCUCCACCGUCAACCGCAUGUACGCCAUUUGCCGGAGCUACCCCGGGCUGCUCAUCGUGCCACAGAGCAUCCAGGACAACACGAUCCAGCGGAUCUCCCGCUGCUACCGCCAGAACCGCUUCCCCGUGGUGUGCUGGCGAAACUCCCGCACCAAGGCAGUGCUGCUGCGCUCAGGGGGGCUGCACGGCAAGGGCGUCGUGGGCCUCUUCAAGUCCCAGAACGCCCCCACUGCAGGCCCCUCGCAGACAGACUCCACCAGUUUGGAGCAGGAGAAGUACCUGCAGGCCGUGAUCAACUCCAUGCCGCACUACGCCGACGCCAGCGGGCGCAACACGCUCAGUGGCUUCACCUCCGCACACAUGAGCAGCUCAGAUUUCUCCGACAAGAGACAGCCUAAGCUGGGAUCGCUCAUGAAGCAGGUGAUGGGAGGGAAGGACGAUGGGCCCGGUACUAUUAGCCGUGGAGGCAAGUGGGGCAGCAUCCGAGCCAGUGGGCGCAUGAGCAGCUACGCCCUGAACAUGGAGAUUGGGUCGCGCCUGGCUGGGAAAGACCUGCUGGGUGCCCAGCACAACGGCACCCCCUCGGAGGCCAGCUUCUUGCGCCAGCACCGGGCCUCGCUCUACAUUAUCGGGGACAAGUCACAGCUGAAGGGGGUGAAACCGGACCCGCUGCAGCACUGGGAGGUGGUUCCCAUCGAGGUGUUCGAUGUGCGGCAGGUGAAGGCCAGCUUCAAGAAGCUGAUGAAGGCCUGCGUGCCCGGCUGCCCCUCCACUGACCCCAGCGUCACCUACUUGCGGUCCCUGGAGGAGUCUGAGUGGCUGUCCCAGAUCCAUAAGAUCCUGCAGAUUUCGGUGUUGGUAGUGGAGCUCCUGGACACAGGCUCCUCCGUGCUGGUCAGCCUGGAAGACGGCUGGGACAUCACCACACAGGUGGUCUCCUUGGUGCAGCUGCUGUCAGACCCCUACUACCGGACGCUGGAGGGUUUCCGCCUGCUCGUGGAGAAGGAGUGGCUCUCCUUCGGGCACCGCUUCAGCCACCGCGGGGCCCAGACCCUGGCUGGCCAGAGCAGCGGUUUUGCCCCCAUCUUCCUGCAGUUCCUGGACUGCGUACAUCAGAUCCACCUGCAGUUCCCCAUGGAGUUCGAGUUCAGCCAGUACUACCUGAAGUUCCUCAGCUACCACUACAUUUCCAACCGUUUCCGGACGUUCCUGCUGGACUCCGACUACGAGCGCAUCGAGCUGGGCCUCCUUUAUGAGGAGAAGGGCGAGCGGAAGAGCCAGCAGGUCUACAAGUCCAUCUGGGAUUACAUCGACCGGCUGAACAAGAAAGCCCCCGUCUUCUUCAACUACAUGUAUGCCCCUGAGGAUGGGGAGGUGCUAAGGCCGUACAGCAACAUUUCCAACCUGAAGGUGUGGGACUACUACACGGAGGAGACGCUUUCUGAGGGCCCCUCCUACGACUGGGAGCUGGCGCAGGGGCAGCCGGAGCACGUGGAGGAGGCGGAUCGGCAGGACACCAGUGCCCCCCAGACAAAGCGCAAGAUCAUCUGGCCGUGCUACGACAACCGCAGCCGCGUGGAGCCUGAUGCCAUCUCCAAACUGCUGGAGGAGCUGCACAACCUGGAGAUGGAGCUGGGGCAGGUCCCAGAGCGCUGGAAGGACACGUGGGACAAGGUCAAAGCUUCCCAGCGCACCGAGGCACGGCAGGAGGGCAGCCGGACCCCCAGCUCCCUGCUGAUGUCCUCCGGCCUCUCCCACCACCGGCGCUCGCUGGGCGUGUACCUGCAGGAGAGCGGGGUGGGCUCUACCCUCAACCUCAGCCUCGACAGCGACACCAGCAGCACCUCCACCCCCUCCAGCGGGAAGCAGGGCGGCCGCAAGAGCACCAGCACGCUCUACAGCCAGUUCCAGAUGUCGGAGAGCGAGAACAGGUCCUACGAGGGGUCGCUGUACAAGAAAGGAGCCUUCAUGAAACCCUGGAAGCCUCGCUGGUUCGUGCUGGAUAAAACCAAACAUCAGCUGCGGUACUACGACAGCCGGAUGGACACGGAGUGCAAAGGGGUCAUUGACCUGGCCGAGGUGGAGUCCAUCACCCCAGGAACUCCCACCAUGGGGGCCCCCAAGACGGUAGAUGAGAAAGCCUUCUUCGAUCUGACGACGACAAAAAGAGUUUACAAUUUCUGCGCCCAGGAUGUGCAGCUAGCCCAGCAGUGGAUCGACCGCAUCCAGAGCUGCUUGUCGGACGCGUGAGACGGGCUCAGAGGAGCUUCUAUUCCAGGCACAGAGUCUCCCGGGCCCCAGCACAUGGAGCAGAGGCAGUGCCCAGGCUCGUGUCCGAGCUGGGGCCGUGACUGACUGGAGCGGAGGAGAUGGCCUUCCUUCCCAUCUGCCAUGGGUGUGCGGUGCUGGGGAGCCUGUGGCCACGCACCCCCCCAGGCAGCAGUGGGGGCAGGAUCAGUAUGUUACGCUAUGGUAGGACUGUGUAGUGGAGGAAUUCUUCGCGUUGAAGCAGGCUGGGGGGGCGGGCGGGAGCCUGUCCUGCUCUGUCCUCCCAGGCCUGUCUGAGCCCUGUAAUUACUGUGUGUCCUCUGUGCACCUCCUGCGCUGGGUGGCCCCGCUCCACCUCUCUGCGGCAGCAAGGGGGUCGUCAGCCGGCUGGAGAAGGGGCACCUCACCUCCACCCCACCCUGUGCUGCUGGAGAAAGCAGGAG